AUGAAAUAUACAUACUACGCCGAUUCGCACAAGAUUCUUGGGCAGACGUUCGGCAUGCUGGUGCUGCAGGACUUCGAAGCGCUGACGCCCAAUCUGCUCGCGAGAACUGUAGAGACGGUGGAGGGCGGUGGUAUCGUUGUGUUGCUUCUCCGCACAAUGAAAUCCCUGAGACAACUUUACACAAUGACCAUGGACGUGCACAGUCGCUUCAGAACAGAAGCACAUCAAGAUGUAGUGGCCCGGUUCAACGAGCGCUUCUUACUAUCUCUGGGAGAUUGCCAAAACUG